AAUUAACUACUUCCAUAUUCUAGAGAGAGGAACAUAAAGGAAGGAAGAAAUAGAGAGAAAGCUCAAGUAGCCAUGGGAGUAGCAGCUCAAGUCAACUAUUUUUGGUUCUAUCUAUUUAUACUCUUUAUCUCACUCUCCAUCUCCUCCAUGUCUGGAUCUGAAGAUGAUUGUGUGUACACAAUUUAUGUUCGAACCAGUAAAAAAUUCUUUGGUGGAACCGAUUCAACCAUCACCUUGACUCUCUUCGAUGCAGACGGGUACGGUAUUAGAAUCAACAACAUCGUGGCUUGGGGUGGGCUUAUGGGCUCAGAUCAUGACUAUUUUAAAAGAGGAAACUUGGACAUUUUUAGUGGUCGAGGUCCAUGUUUGACUGGGCCAGUUUGCAAGAUGAACUUGACUUCUGAUGGCACUGGACAUAGCCACAAAUGGUACUGUAACUACGUGGAGGUUACCGUUACUGGAAUCCAUACAAAAUGCAACCAACAGAAUUUCGAAGUGGAGCAGUGGAUGGCAACAGAUAAAUCACCUUAUCAGCUAACUUACAUCAGUGAUCUCUGUAACAAGACCAACUCCGAUAAGCACCUGUCGAUCUCCAGUGAGAAUUUACCUGUUUUCGAUACUAAAUCCAUUCCUCAAGCCACUGUGAUGUAAUCCAUCGUUUAUUGGUGACUGAUCGCACAUUUUAUUAUGAGAGUGUGCAUUCAAUCACGGGCAGAAAAGACAAUUGGUUCAGGUCAAUGUUGCUUUGAUGUUAUUGUUAUGUAAUAGUAGUACUCUGUAAUAGAGAAGACAAUAAUUAUUUAAUGAAUAAUAAGGCCCUAUGUAUCCUGUCAUGAGUACGACACUUUUGUGAAAAAUAAAAUUUGUCCAUUAUUCUCCA